AUGGAAACGCUUCCAUUGGAGCUUUUGCAACGAAUCUUCUUCUUCGCCACCAUUGACGGCGGCGCUACAUCCUGCUCCCUCGCCCUUGUCUCCAAGCACAUCCACAGCGUAUCUCAAUACCACCGGCUCGAUAACGUGGCGCUCAUGGGUCGACCAAAAUACAUGAUGGCACUGACACGACGGUUAGAAGCAGAAAAGGAACGCAACGCAACAUCUCGGGGUCGGCUCCGCCACCUAUUCCUGAGCUGCACGCAAUCCCAAUAUCUCCAGCUCGUGGAAAAGAGCAAGCGUUCCUUCUCUAGGCACGAAGGUCCCGUAUACCUCCCUGAGGGUUACGCCCCGCUGAACGGCGCAAACGACUCUACGAUAGAUUCCGGCAGCCUUCACGCUCAUACGAGUGCCUUCCGGUACGCCAAGUUUAUUAACGACCUCCUCCACGCUGCCGCUUCAGGGUUGGAGACGCUCGCCAUCAUCUUCCUCGAGCGCGACUUGACCCAAUACAUACGACUUCCAUCCACUCUUCCCACCCUCCGCGAGCUCACCGUAUCUGGCGCCCCGCCAUCGUGGCUGCUCGACCUCGCGGAGCCCCGCCCGCCGCACCAACCACCUCGGUUCCCGGCGCUCCGACGCCUUCAUUGGUACGACCGCCGGGGCCCAGGGGGCACGCUGGACGACAUCCCCGCGGUCGCGGAGCGGCUCCCCGCUCUGACGCACUUCCGCAUCACCGGCUACAUGGGCGACAGCAUGCCGGGCGUGUUCGACGCUUGCGCGGACGAAGACAUGCUGGAGCGCGUCGAAGACAGCGUGGAGCCCUGGGACCACCGAACGCAUCCAAAGGGUUGGUAUGGGCUUCCUGACUUCACGAUCGAGAGCACACUGGAUCCACCGAAGGUGCCCCUGUUGCCCCAGUGGCGCGGACUGCGGCAGUUCGUGAUACAGCCGUCGUUCGUGAGCUUCAUAGACGACUUCGAGUAUGACAAAGAAGGCGUGUUCGAACUGCGGUUGAUGUGGAUGUCGCUGGCGUCGGCGAGCCUGCCGGUAUACGUCUUCGCCCCCAUCUCCUGGAUGUACUCGGGGAGCGGACAGGCGGAGUCCGUGGACAUGUUGCACCUUUACCACGAGGAACGGAUUCGAGGGGACCUGGGUUGUUGGGCGGACGGAGAGAAGGGCAGGCGGGCGAUGCAGAAUGAUUACCCUCAAUAUCUGCAUUGA